CAUGUGACCAUUUCGGAGGGUUCUACAGCUGCUAAAAGAGCGCAACUCUCUCAUAGCUCGCUGCUCGCCCUUGCGCCGAGGGGUACCUGACUGCGCCAUAAGAAAAGCCGGAUCACACACGCCACCGCGUCACUUGGCGCGCGGAUAUUAGUCUGUCCUCAUCUCAGACUUUCCGCUCAUCUCAAUCAGUGCCUGCUUGGUCUUCCUGGUUCGGAUAGCGCAGCCCCACACAGAGCCAGCCAUGCAAGCGACUCGGACACCCACUAUCAGUGUGUUCGCCGACUGCAGCAUCCCAACUGCCCAACUGGUGUCAUGCCAACGUGACCAAGGCGAGGAGCGCUAUAUUUGCUGGUACUGCUGGAGAAUAUACAAAUACCCGAACACCCUGAAAGCUCACGUGCAUUUCCACUGUGCGUUAAGCAACUGCAGAAGUUUGGUGAACAACGAGCAAGCUAGAGGCACAGACAACUUUAACAGAUCUCCGAAAUCAGGGGACAUCCCAAAUACGUCCUCCUCUCCACGGAACGGCCACAGCACCUUUAUGCCAGACGCGGUGAAACGGGUCGUGUCCACCUCACCGUUCGCCAAUAAAGCGGGACUAUCGAAAAAACCGAGCGCAGAGGAGCAGGACAGAGCCCUUGACAUGAGCGUGACCUCCGCCAGAAACCCCGGACACAUCCUGGGCCUCGGCGGGACAUCUUCUGUGCUCAACAGCAUGGGUUUCCACCCAGGCGUGCGCUCUGCUUUCAAACCAAUGGGACUUUCGAAGAUCUCCCCGGCCGAGGUCACGAGAGACGAGCCUAAUGGGAAACCAAACAGUAUCGGGUUUAGCAAAUUACUGGGGAACAUUAAGUCACCUCUACCUAACGUUCACCCCUCAAAAUGCUCGCACCCCAUGGACAGCACACCUCCCGUGAUUCCCUGCGCAAACAGCAUCCGUGGCUUUCCUCUGCUGCCACAUUUUGAGGAGACCUCUGCUUUCAAGCACGUUGACAGCCGCAUGCACCCUGCCCUGUCCCCCCCGCGUUACUCCCAGCUACCGGCCGGGUUUCACUUCGAGAGGUUCUCCUUGCCACAGUUUGAUGGGGGGAAAUCCUACAAUGGGGACUGCAAUAUACCCCUCAUGCCAUUCACGGUUUACAAUGGAGAGCUCCUUUAUAGCUCCCCAUACUACCCUCUAAAAUUUCACUUCGGCAACCUGCUUAAAUACCCAGACUACUUUGGCGCACCAGCUCUGAAUCCAGAUCUAAACGCGAUUACGAACAUCGACAGGGAGAUAGCGAUGCACACGCAACAGCUGUCUGAAAUCGCCGUAGAGAAGAACCGUUCACGACUGGAGUCUCUGCCCGCAUCUAACCCCAAUUCGGGCAAGCCAAAAAAGGGACAUUUGUGUCUAUACUGUGGCAAAUUGUACUCUCGAAAAUACGGGCUGAAGAUUCACAUGAGGACUCAUACAGGCUACAAACCACUCAAAUGUAAAGUGUGUUUUAGGCCCUUUGGCGAUCCCAGCAAUCUCAACAAACACAUCAGACUGCACGCGGAGGGAAAUACGCCCUACAGGUGCGAGUUCUGCGGGAAGGUGCUCGUGCGCAGGCGAGAUUUGGAGAGGCACGUCAAAUCGAGGCAUCCAGGUCAAAGCAUCAAAAAAUCCGAAGACAAAAUCGAAGGCAUCUUCGAGGAUGGCGAACAAAAAAGCGACAACGACAGCGACGUCGACGUUUGCUUCACAGAGGACCAUAGCGACCAGGAAUCGAGUAAACACAAUGAUUAAUGGACCAAUUUUUGGACAUGUUAAAAUGGACUUAAAUGCUUUUAAGUAGCUAAAUUAUGCAUGUACAUAAAUUAGUUUUGAAUUGUUUGUUUAUUUGAUCAAACUAUUGUGAAAAGAAAACCUUGCGGAAGCAAAUGCUCCCCUAGUAAAUUAAAUAAUUUUGUGAAGGAGGCACUCAAGUUAAUCUAAUAACAUGCUUAUUGGUAUUGAGGACAUCUCGGCACCCCCAAUGUGGAGCUGCACUUUAUAAAGACGGGUUAAUGCCAUAAAACAUGAGUCUGCGUUUU